CUCUCACACUCAGACAGACACGGAGACACCACGGGCGGGCCCCACCCAGUGGCGUGGCGUCAUCCUUUUCACUUGGGGACUGCCCUCUUGCUUCUCCCUUUCCUUCACUUCACCUCGAAAUCCAAGGAAAGCCAACCAACAAACACAGUGAGUGGAGCACGAGCGCGCUGAGUGGAGCAAGAGAGUUGGAGCUUGGAGCCCCUCCAGUGCUAAGCUAGGGUUCCAUCCCCACCAGCGCCGCCCGCUCCCUUUCUCCGUCCGGUAUCAGCAUCGCCCUCCCUUCUCCGCUGUUCCGUCCGUACGUGUAGAUAGAUCUGUCUGUCCGUCGCUCUCUUACGGUUUUUUUUUUCUUGGUCACCCCCCCCCCCCCCCCCCCCCCCCCCCCCCCUCUGUAUCUCUCGGUCGCCGCGCCGCGCCACCGUUGCUGCAUGACCUCCAUAGAGAGCAUGUAGGGUAAUUUGCCCGUCGAUUGGAUGGGAUCUAUCCCGUCCCUGCUCGAGUCCAUCCGAUCCGUUCAGGCGUUUCCCUAGUUGCGCUGUUGCCUUCUCCUGUGUAUCGUUGAUCUACUCGCGUUCCAUCCACUGCAUCCGGCUGCCAUGGUGAGGAAGAAAAGGACUGGCCCUGGAGAGAGUUCUGGGGAGACUUCUGGAGCGCCUGGUCAGGGCUCCUCACAGCGUCCUCAGGCAACACAACAGGGUGCCCGAGGUGGAGGACAACACCAGGUGCGUGGUGGAUAUCCGGGCCAUGGAGUGCCGCCUUCAGAGCACCCAGGUGGUGGGCCGCCUGAGUAUCAACCACGUGGCUAUCAGGGACGUGGCGUUCCACCUUUACUUCCUGGUGGUGGGCCGCCUGAGCCUCAACCGCGUGGCUACCAGGGACAUGGUGGAUACCAGGGCCGUGGCGGGCCACCUUCACAGCAUCCUGGUGGUGGGCCAUCACCUGGGUCUCAGCCUCGUGGCUACCAGGGACGUGGUGGUCUGCGUCCCAGAGGGGGAGUGCCGCAGCCAUACCGUGGCGGGCAUGUGGGAGGUAGUGUUGGACCAAUUGUUCCUUCAGGUCCGUCUAGACCAGUUCCCGAGCUGCACCAAGCCCCAGAUGUCCAACAUCAAGCCCCUGUGGUGGCAGCACCAUCACCACCGGGAGCUGGCUCGUCCUCGCAGCCUGGGAUGGCCGAGGUGAGCACUGGACAAGUCCAGCAACUUGUGAUUCAUGACCAAAGUUCAGCCAGCCAAGUUAGUCAGGUAGCACCAGCAUCAAGCAAAGCUGUUAGAUUCCCAUUGCGCCCUGGCAAGGGUACGCAUGGGUCCAGGUGCAUCGUGAAGGCAAAUCAUUUCUUUGCUGAGCUGCCUGAUAAAGACCUCCACCAAUACGAUGUAUCAAUAACACCUGUGGUUCCUUCACGUGGUGUCAAUCGUGCUGUCAUGAAAGAGCUUGUAAACCUUCAUAGACACUCCCAUUUGGAUGGGCGUCUGCCUGCAUAUGAUGGAAGGAAGAGUCUUUAUACAGCUGGAGCAUUGCCAUUUACUUCGAAGACAUUCGAAAUUACUCUGCAAGAUGAAGAAAACAGUCUUGGUGGAGGACAAAGACACCAAAGGGGCCAGAGGGUCUUUCAGGUGGUGAUCAAAUUUGCUGCUCGCGCUGAUCUCCACCAUUUGGCUAUGUUUCUAGCUGGGAGGCAACCAGAUGCUCCUCAAGAGGCUAUUCAAGUACUUGACAUUGUACUACGUGAAUUUCCUACUGCCAGGUAUUGUCCUGUUGGUAGAUCAUUUUAUUCUCCCAAUUUAGGGAGACGCCAGCAACUUGGUGAAGGUUUGGAAACUUGGCGUGGUUUCUAUCAAAGCAUAAGGCCCACACAGAUGGGUCUUUCUCUGAAUAUUGAUAUGUCCUCUACUGCAUUUAUUGAGCCCCUCCCUGUGAUUGAUUUUGUUGCUCAGCUUCUUGACAGAGAUAUCUCAGUUAGACCAUUGUCUGAUUCUGAUCGUGUGAAGAUUAAAAAAGCCCUACGAGGUGUGAAAGUCGAGGUCACACACCGUGGAAACAUGCGUAGGAAGUAUCGGAUAUCUGGCCUCACUUCACAAGCAACAAGGGAGUUAUCAUUCCCUAUUGAUGAUCGUGGUACUGUUAAGACUGUGGUGCAAUACUUCCUGGAGACUUAUGGCUUUAAUAUUCAGCACACCACUUUACCUUGUUUGCAAGUGGGCAAUCAGCAAAGAAUAAAUUAUCUGCCUAUGGAGGUCUGUAAGAUAGUUGAGGGACAGCGUUACUCAAAACGACUCAAUGAGAAACAGAUCACUGCUCUACUGAAGGUGACUUGCCAGCGUCCCCAAGAGCGUGAGAAAGCCAUCUUGCAGACUGUGCAUCACAAUGCCUACUCCGAGGAUCCUUAUGCCCAGGAAUUUGGUAUAAAGAUUGAUGAGCGUCUUGCAUCCGUUGAAGCUCGUGUUCUGCCUCCUCCAAGGCUGAAAUACCAUGAUAGUGGCAGAGAGAGGGAUGUAUUGCCAAGAGUUGGGCAGUGGAAUAUGAUGAAUAAGAAAAUGGUCAAUGGUGGUAGAGUUAGCAGCUGGGCAUGCAUUAACUUCUCACGAAAUGUGCAAGAUGGUGCUGCUAGGAGUUUCUGUCAUGAUCUCGCUUUGAUGUGCCAAGUAUCAGGAAUGGAUUUUGCACUUGAACCUGUGCUGCCCCCUGUCUAUGCGAGGCCUGAACAUGUUGAAAGAGCACUAAAGAGACUUUAUCAAGAUGCCAUGAGCAUACUCAGGCCUCAGGGCCGAGAGCUUGACUUGCUGAUGGUAAUACUGCCUGACAAUAAUGGCUCUCUUUACGGGGAUCUUAAAAGGAUAUGUGAGACUGAUCUUGGAUUGGUCUCCCAAUGCUGUCUGACUAAACAUGUUUUCAAGGCGAACAAGCAUCAGUAUCUUGCAAAUGUUGCCCUGAAAAUAAAUGUUAAGGUUGGGGGAAGGAAUACUGUACUUGUUGAUGCUUUGGCAAGGAGAAUCCCCCUUGUCAGUGACGUAGCUACUAUUAUCUUUGGUGCUGAUGUGACCCAUCCCCAUCCUGGGGAAGAUUCUAGUCCUUCCAUUGCAGCUGUGGUUGCUUCUCAAGACUGGCCUGAGGUUACGAAGUAUGCAGGAUUAGUGAGUGCUCAAACCCAUCGCCAAGAAUUGAUACAGGAUCUUUUCAACGUACGGCAAGAUCCCCAAAGGGGGGCUGUCUCUGGUGGCAUGAUUAGGGAACUUCUCAUUUCUUUCUGGAGGGCGACUGGACAAAAACCCAAGAGGAUCAUAUUCUACAGGGAUGGUGUCAGUGAGGGACAGUUCUACCAAGUUCUGUUGUACGAACUUGAUGCCAUUAGAAAGGCCUGUGCAUCAUUGGAGUCUGAUUACCAGCCUCCAGUUACCUUUGUCGUGGUCCAGAAGCGUCAUCACACCAGGUUGUUUGUUAAUAAUCACAAUGAUCAGCGUGCUGCCGAUAGAAGUGGCAACAUACUGCCGGGCACUGUGGUGGACUCGAAGAUUUGCCAUCCAACCGAGUUUGAUUUCUACCUGUGCAGCCAUGCUGGCAUUCAGGGAACAAGCCGUCCUGCCCAUUAUCAUGUUCUGUGGGAUGAGAACAAAUUUACGGCUGAUGGGUUGCAAACUCUCACCAACAACUUGUGUUACACGUAUGCCAGGUGCACACGCUCAGUAUCAAUCGUUCCUCCUGCAUACUAUGCUCAUCUGGCAGCCUUCCGAGCUCGGUUUUACAUGGAGCCAGAUACAAGUGACAGCGGAUCUGUGGCGAGCGGUGCUACGACAAGCCGUGGCCCUCCACCAGGGGCGCGCAACACCAGGGCUGGUGCUGCGAAUGUUGCUGUGAGGCCAUUACCUGCUCUCAAGGAAAACGUGAAGCGCGUCAUGUUCUACUGCUAAGAUUGACGCUGCGCUGAUGCUGUGAGCAAGCAAUUAUCGUUAUGGUGGUGAUGCUAGGACACCGUUAUGCACCGGUAACUUUAAUACCUUUUGUACUGUAACUACUUGUAUGGCAUUGGAAACUGUUUGCGAUAUACUCCUAUUAAGAUGGGCUUGUCGUGGAUUAGAUUGCACUAUUGGAAGCCAUCAAUCCAGUUCUCAUCUGAAAAUUAUGUAGGUACGUACGGUAUUACAACCUCUCUCUAUCUCCCUCCCAAUACAGUACAGAAAGGACGCAAUUCUUGAUUUCA